GCCAUUUCUAGUUCUCUACUGAGCACAUUUCUGGUGUUCAUGAAUGCCCUCGCGGAGAAGCGCGAUUCUGAACGGGGAGAAGUGUAGCUAUCUAGUACAUAACUUUAAGCGCGAGUGAUACCUUAUUUCGUGUUUUCAGCAGUGUUUGUGUACUAUACUCAAAUGAAUUUAUAAUCGGCGGUGAUAUACUUGAAUACCGUCUUGCGAAAUCGCUUUUUAUUUCAACCUACCGCUAAAAUAAACUAGCUAACGUUAGCUUGCUAGCUAACAUGUCGGGAGGCGUCGUGAGAGGCCCCGCAGGAAAUAACGAUUGUCGAAUUUAUGUCGGAAAUCUACCUCCUGAUAUUCGCACUAAAGAUGUCGAGGACGUGUUCUACAAAUACGGAGCUAUUCGAGACAUCGAUUUGAAAAAUCGGAGAGGGGGACCUCCCUUUGCCUUCAUCGAAUUUGAAGAUCCCAGGGACGCAGACGAUGCAGUGUACGGACGAGACGGCUAUGACUACGACGGUUAUCGGCUGCGAGUUGAAUUCCCUCGGAGCGGAAGGGGUGGGAGAGGCGGCUUUGGUGGUGGCGGUGGUGGUGGUGGUGGCGGGGGGGUUGGUGGCGCUCCUAGAGGCAGAUACGGGCCGCCAUCCAGACGCUCCGAGUAUAGGGUCAUUGUCUCAGGGCUUCCCCAGAGUGGCAGCUGGCAGGACCUCAAGGAUCACAUGCGUGAGGCUGGGGAUGUAUGUUAUGCUGACGUUUUCAGAGAUGGAACUGGGGUUGUGGAGUUUGUGCGCAAAGAAGACAUGACCUACGCUGUUCGAAAGCUGGAUAACACCAAAUUCCGAUCACACGAGUGACUACUUGUGCAGCCUUUCAAGAACUUAAGGCUUGUUUUGAUGCAAUGGAAGGAACCAUUUGAGGUGGAAAUGCUUUUUGUUUCAACGUCUAGUUCUUUUUGUGUGUC